CAAAUACCAAAUGCAACCAACACAUUGAAGCCAUUGCCGGUCUUCUUCCAUCCCCUCAUCGCUUAGAAAUCCCGACCUUCGGUAAUGGCACUGAUACCUCUCAAUAAGGGUGUCAACCCAACAAGCAGAGACGGCGGCCGUAAUCGCGCUCCUCUGCUUCAAGAUGGGCGCGACGGACAUCGUCAGUAUUCGACAACAGCUGAUGAUAAUGCAUUGAUCAACCAAAUUAUGCUGACUGAUAAAUCUCAUGACCAUCCCUACGAAGUGCCUUCUCUUGCAGUCACACAUUCUUCAAACCAUUGAGGCCAUUCUUUCACGCUUCACGAAACCUGACAUCCAUGAUGGCACUCUAGUCCCGGGAGCAUUAGUACCAGCAGCUAUACAUGCGGAUUCUUUGGAGCAUGAGAAGGCCCUCCAUGCUAACCUGAGUACCCUCCACGACAGCUUCGAUGUUCCAAACACCGUGUUCAAUGCAAUUCAAUGCGAGUUAAUGUCCAAAUCGCUGCAAAGGGAAGAUGCAAACAAGACCGCAAUGGACAUACUAGACAUUGUGCAACACUACGAUUGGGAUGAAAAGGUGGUGCUUGCCUUGGGAGCAUUUGCGAUCAAAGAUGGCGAGUUUUGGCUCCUGGCUCAGCAAUACACCACCAACCCACUCGCCAAAGCAGUUGGACAGCUUAAGCAACUGCACGAGAUCUUGGAACGUGCGGGGACUAGUUUGAAACCGAAGUUUGAUGCAUACAACAAUCUGGUUAGGGUCAUAUUCAAAGUGACCAGGACCAUUGUUCACUUACAGGAGAUUCACAACGACCCCCAUUUGAGCCCCGAAGUCAAAGCUACAGCUGCCACUGCUCAUAUCCCAACAGCUGUUUACUGGACAAUUCGGGCUAUUAUAGUUGCUGCAUCACAACUUCUGGGCAUCACAGGCUCCGAGCCAGAGUACGUGACAGAGGCGUGGGAACUAUCAUCGCUGGCCCAUAAGCUCGAAAACAUAUUCAAUCACCUUGAAGAGAUCCUCGACAGAUUACAUCAACUUAUCCAGAAGAACAAAGACGAGGAUGCUUUCAAUGCAAUUGCACGCAUCUUGGAAACACCACACAUUGAUAACUCGAAGCCUCUGAAGGUUUUGUUUUACAAGGAUGAUCAGCCUGCACUCUAUGAUUGCUACAACAAGAAGAGGGUUGACAUUGAUGUGCUAAAAAGGAAAGUAGUGAUUUUGUUCAUCACAGACCUAGACGUUAUCCACGAAAACGAGUACAUGAUUGUCCAACAAAUGUACUUGGAAAACAACACAACCCUACAAGGCCGGAGAGCCAGUACGAGGUUGUGUGGCUUCCAAUUACAGAUGUGUGGACUGACGCCAAGUACCAGCAAUUCGAGAUGCUAAGAAAUAACAUAGAAUGGUACACCGUGUUCCACCCUUCGGUGGUGUCUCCGAUUAUGGUGAGGUACAUCAGGGACCCGAGGAAGUGGAAUUUUGCCAAGAAGCCUCUGCUUGUUGUGAUGGAUCCUCAAGGCAAAAUUGUGCACAAGAAUGCUGUUCACAUGAUGUGCAUUUGGGGAAGCAUUGCCUUCCCUUUCACUAGCCAGAAAGAGAGAAUGCUUUGGGAAGAAGAAACAUGGAGGAUUGAGCUUUUGGCUGAUGCCCUAGAUCAAAACUUAUAUACUUGGAUCACGGAUAGGAAGUACAUUUGUUUGUAUGGCGGAGAAGACAUCGAGUGGAUCCGAAACUUCACAAAGGCAGCGAGAAAUGUGGCUCGUGAAGCCGGGAUUCAGUUGGAAUUGCUUUAUGUGGGGAAGAGCAAGGCUAAGGAGAAAGUGGUGAAGAACAUCAUCAGCAUCAUUCAAGCUGAGAAGCUAAGCCACACCCUUGAGGUGAACCUCAUUUGGUUCUUCUGGAUUCGUCUCGAGAGCAUGUGGCAGUCCAAAGGACAAAUCCUAAGCGAGCAAAGCAGAACCCAAACUGAUCAUUUGAAAAGCGAUCGUAUAAUGCAGGGGAUCAUAUCGAUGCUGAGCUUUGGCUCGAGCGACCGCGGAUGGGCAGUGAUCGCCCUUGGCUCAGCAGACAUGUCCAAGGCCAACGGGGAGCACAUGUUGAGAAGCUUGAGGGAGUACAACAACUGGAAAAUAAGGCCAACUGAAAUAGGGUUUACACCGGCACUGAAUGAAUACCUAGAAGGGGUGCAUAAACAGGCUCCACACCACUGCACUAAUCUUAUUUUGCCUGCAACCGGAAUCAUGCCUGAGACAGUUGCCUGCGCUGAGUGCGGCCGUCUCAUGGAGAGGUUCUCCAUGUUCCGCUGCUGCACCGAUUGAGCUUGAGCUCGACAGGCACCCGUCAGAUUUUUAUAUACAUUUGAAUUUCGUAAUUAUAUGCUGCUGCUACUUCGACACUAUGAAAAUAAAUGUGACAUCAAAAGGUCCAUAUCAUCUAUGGUCAUUAGGGAGCCUUGUUGAUGUGAAUCUGGAACUUGUUACUAUGCAAUAAAGCAAUAUCUGCAUCUUCCCUUU